GGGUAGAGCAGACAAAGCGACACGCAAUCGUGAGUGUGAUAGCUUCUGAUGCCAAUCUCUCUAGGGAAGUUCUUCAAAUAGCUACAAUAGCAAAAAGACAAUUAUAAGACAGAUCGAAUCCUUUUUUUCUCGAUUUCUGAGCCUGGCGUCUUGUCUGUAGCCGGGGUUGGCUCCGAUCCGACUGGCUGCUCAUUCAACCCAAUCACCGGAUGACGUAUCCGUACGGCCUCGGCCAACCAGCUCGAGCCAGGUUGGGGGAACCGGGGGUGCCAGCCACGCAGACAACUCAACAAAACAACAUAGGCAACCGCAACAAGAAGAUAACCACGACAAUAAGCUGUGUCUAUAACCUGACAUCGCUGCACCGAUAGUCCCGCACAGCAGCCCGCUCCUUUCCGCGCUCGACCUGCGCCAUGGGUUCCCGCACGCGGGUUAAGCCCAACCCUGCCGCCGGAUCGAGCACCGCGACUUCUUCGUCCGCCAUGCCAUCGCAGUCCUCAUCUGAGCCAUCACAGUCCCAUGCCUCUGCCGGAACAAAUGCCACCACACGUACCGUCACACCCCAAGUAGAGCCGGGUACCCCGCGAAGCCUGAAGCAGGGCGGGAGCGGCGAUGGUACACCGACGCCCGUGCAAGGCUUGAAGCAGGCUCAUAAGACGCGAAGUUGGUAUGGAUCAUUCCCCCGAGUGUCCAAGUCGGCAGCGUCGACCCAAGUGGCGCGGGAAACGAUACUUGGGGGAACAUCGAAGCCCCAGGGAACAGUGGAUUUUAGCAAGUUCGAGCAGAAGAAGCAACCCGACGCCACGAACAUCAACGAAGUGUCUUUGUCAAGUUCCCCCGCGUCGAAGAUGCAGGAGGACAGGGGCAGCAUGGAGGACCAACAGCGGGAUACAGCCCCUCCAGCGGUUGAGGAUCACACGAAAACCGAAGGCGAGACCAAGACUGAGGAUGGAGCGAAGCCCGAGGACAAGACAAAGCCCGAGAUUGUCGUUGAUACGCAAGUGACCGGUAGUGGCGAGACGGAGCAGAGAACAGAGCCGGCCGCCGGGCAGUCCGCGGAACCGGCUGCGGAACCGGCUGCAACAUCGCCUGUAGAUCAGCCAACAACAGUGGAAUCCACGUCCCAGAGACCUGCUUCUGGGUGGCUUCCACUCGGGUGGCUCGGCUGGUCGGCGCCGGCGAGCACUGAACCAAACCCCUCAGCACCCACCUCCGCUUCAGAAGCUGGUCGUCGAGAAACAGAUGCACCUCAGGAAAGUUCAGCCACAACGAAGCAGCCAGAUGUUAAGCCUCCCGAACCAGUCACCGAGAUGCAACAAGCGCAAACCGCCCCUGACAGCGGUGAGACUCCCGAGCAGCCCCAGGAACAAGAAAAGGCACAGGAUAAGGCUGGCGCCACUUCGAGAACUUCUUGGCUCUGGUCUUGGUCUAGUAGGAGUGCUCCUGCCCCUUCCCAGCCUGAGAUCUCUCCGCCGACUGCCGAAUCGGAGGCGCCGCCUCCCAAAGAACCUGAGGAUGUCGCCGUACAAGAUGUGCCAGCGCCUACUACUGAGCAACCAUCUCCAGCGCCGAAAGCAGGUUCUACGUGGGCAUUCUGGUCUCGCGACACAGGCUCGGCUUCCCAGAAACAACCGGCUCAGCAGGGAGAGCAAGGCCAGCUUGCGGUCAUGGGCGAGCGUUCCGAAAGGCAACCCCAAAGAGCCAAUUCGAUGGAAUUCGAGAGCGCACCGGUAAAGGAGCCUCCCUUGAAGGCAGGCCGGAAAGAUGACAAGCGUGCCGACACUCUCACUACCUCGUCCAGGGAAUCCUCGUCCAAGAGCAAUAGCCGGGCUCGUCCAAGGUCUACAGAAAUCGAGGCGCCUAUUCCCGCCCGUCCUAGCAGUCCUAAAGCCGAUACAGCAAUAAAGCCAGGCCCCAAGACACCGACAUCAGCGAAGGCCUCACCACCAAAUCUAUUACUUCCUUCUUUCAGUGGCACCUACAAGCUCAAGGAUAACCCUUCCAUCAUAAAGCAGAUCGCCCAGCUUCUUCUCAGGAGCCAGCAACCGUCGGCAAAGCAUGUGUACUUGAGGAAAGAACCGCCCAAGAUCAGGAAGGCCGUGGCGAUUGGCGUCCACGGACUCUUUCCCGCAAACUACCUGCGUCCUAUGAUCGGGCAGCCUACGGGGACAUCCAUCAAGUUUGCGAACCACUGCGCCGAAGCCAUCAGGAGGUGGGCUGACAGCCACGGCUGCGAGGAUUGCGAGAUCGAGAAGAUCGCCCUGGAAGGGGAGGGCAAGAUCGCCGAGCGUGUCGAGAACCUUUGGAAGCUCCUGCUGAAUUGGAUUGAUCAAAUCCGCAGUGCCGAUUUGAUUCUCAUCGCGUGCCACUCGCAGGGCGUCCCCGUCAGCAUCAUCCUGCUGGCGAAGCUCAUCGAGCUCGGUAUUGUGACAUCGGCGAAAGUCGGGGUGUGCGCUAUGGCUGGUGUCACGUUGGGUCCUUUCCCUGAUUACCGGUCGAGCAUGGGCAGACUCAUGGGGACGGCAGCCGAGUUGUGGGAGUUCGCGGAUCCGCAGAGCGAAGUUUCCAAGAGACUCGAGGCCUCGAUAAAAGCGGUCUUGAGUCACGGGGCACGCAUCACAUUCGUUGGCAGCAUUGACGACCAGCUCGUGCCGUUGGAGUCAGCCAUUUACGCCCCGGCCCAUCAUCCGUACAUCUUCCGGUCCGUCUUCAUCGACGGCCGGAUCCAUGCCCCGGACUUCAUCGCCCAUCUAGUCGGCUUCGCCCUCAAGCUCCGCAACCUCGGCGUCUCCGACCACGGCCUGAUCCGCGAGCUCUCCACGCCAUUGGCGGGCAGCCUGUACUCGGGCGAGGGCCACUCGCGCCUCUACGAUGACGAGCGGGUCUACGACCUGGCCGUGACGCACGCGCUGGAGACGACAGACGUGGCCGGCCCCUCGUGCGAGUGCGAGGUGCGCCACAGACCGGGCCAGGGCGCCGGCGGCCUGUCGAAUCCCAACCCGUACCACCUGCCCUGGAUCAUGCGCGGCUUGCUGGAGGAGGAUUUCGUCAAGACGGAGCUGUCGGCCGAGACGGAGGAGCUGGUGCGCCAGUUUGACGACUGGAAGCCCGUCACCAAGGCGCUCAAGGAUGUCAAGUACCGGCUGGAGGCUGUUAGGUCCAAGCUGUAGACCGUAGGGUUUUCAUUUCCCCUUUCCCUUUCUCAAGGUUACUGGGGAGCACAUA